CAGCUCGCAGUUUACUGAGCAGGAGGGAUCUACUGCUGGUCUCAAAAGCCUUCCACCUUCCCCGCUGCUCUCAAACUAAAGCACUUGUUUAACAGCGCGCUGACACUCGGCUUCACUUGGUUUGAACUCAACAAGGAGCGGAGCGCGGACUUUUACACACUUGAACAACUUGGAUUCCACCCGGAGCUUUUCGCCAUGCAUGUCCGGGUUUAGGUCCUCCAUGGAGCUGUCAAACCUGUACGAGGUGGCGCCGCGGCCCCUGAUGAGCAGCCUGACGCACGGCCUCCACCACAGCCAGCAGCCGAACCCCCAGCACCCGCACCAGCAGCAGCAGCCCAACCCCGGGGACUUCGGCGGGGACAUCGGGGAUCACGAGACGUCCAUUGACCUGAGCGCGUACAUAGACCCAUCCGCCUUUAACGACGACUUUUUGGCUGACCUUUUUCACCACAACUCCAGGCAGGACAAGUUAAAGGCGAUGAACGCGGAGUACGAACAAGUGCAAUGCGGUCCAACCCAGCAGCAGUUAUACAUGUCUGGAUACAUGGACUCAAAAUUAGAGCCGCUGUACGAGCCGCGAAUCAGACCCGUGGCCAUUAAACAAGAGCCACGCGACGAGGACGAUCUGACCCACGCGAUGCCCCCGACGUACCACCACGCGCAGCAGUACGCCGGGCACGCGCAGCAGCCCCAACAGCAGCAGCAGCAAAUGCCUCACCUCCAGUAUCAGAUCGCUCACUGCGCGCAAACCACAAUGCACCUCCAGCCAGGGCACCCCACGCCUCCACCCACCCCGGUCCCGAGCCCGCAUCACAGUCACCACAGCCACCACCACCAUCCGGGCAAGAUGCUGGACCGCAAAACCAAAAAGCACGUGGAUAAGAGCAGUCCCGAGUACAGGCUUCGGCGCGAGAGGAACAACGUGGCCGUGCGUAAAAGCAGGGACAAGGCGAAGAUGCGUAAUUUGGAGACGCAGCAGAAGGUGGUGGAGCUGUCUGCGGACAACGAGAGGCUCCGGCGCAGAGUGGAGCAUCUGACCCGAGAGCUGGACACUCUGCGGGGCAUCUUCAGACAACUGCCGGACGGAUCGUACAAACCCAUGGGCAGCUGAGAGCGCACGGGGCCGGGGGAGAGCGACGGUGAAUUUGAACUGGAGUUUUUGUUUUAAUGCGAGACAGGGGCAUUUUGGACUCUGAUAUACUCCUCUGUGGCCGAACUGUCCUGAGAUAGGCAAUCCUAAACCAGGACCAGACUUGGACCUGAGCCAAAGUAAGCAUCGGAAUAGCACUAAAAAUAAAAAUAAAAACAAACUAAAAACAAAAAGCAAAAAAUGAUAUAACGAUUUUUGAUUUGACAAUCUGACUGCAAUUUGGAAUAAAUAAACGAAUAUAUCUGGGGAUAGUCUUAACAUACAAAUUCUAGCACAAAUUCAAUGAGAUUUUUGACAUCAACCGGGGACCUGUGCUUUUGUCCCUGGGAAAUAAAUAAAAAUAAUACGAUAGUGUUAAGACGAAACCAAGACAUAACCACAAACCGAAUAAGAUUAUAGCACUAUACCGGGACAAAACCUUAUUGUUGGACCCUGUGGCACUGAGAGAAAGCCCAAGACUGCAGCUGCUGCUGAGGACACAGUGCUGAGUCUGUUACUGACACCAGAGCCGCGUAUUUCACAUUUGAACAAACUUUUCUGUAAACAUGGGAUGGACUGGAACACUGCCAAAACUUUGCAUCUUUGGUUCUCGACAUUUUUAACAUUUUUUUAAACAAACUGCGCGGGACCAAUCACUCAGCACUCGCAGAAUCUUCAGGCAAAACAUCUCAAAACGACAGAACUGGAAGCGAAGCGUGCAAUCUUUCAAAUAGCGCACGCUGUGUAUUAUAAACUUGUACGGACAGAUUUUUCGAGUGCCUUUUCAAGUACACAAGUGCCUGAAAUCUCCUUAGGAAAAAAAACAUGUACCGCCCAUCUGUGAGUGCAGGUAUGGAAGGUGGGCAUGGCACGUUCAUUGACAAUCAUAAAUGUUUUAUAUUGGACUCGCUGAAAUGCUCGUGCACUCUGCUUGUGACCCUUGUAAUCUGCAAAACGUCACGACCAGUCAAAAGUUUGGACACGCCCUCUCGUUCAGUGUUUUUUGUAUUUAAAAAAAAUACUACUUUCUAUAGCUUAUAUUCAUGCAAAAGACAUCAAAUAUAUGAAGUAAGAUAUGUACAAUUAUGUAACAACGAAAACAUGUUAAAUAACUCUACCAAAUAUUUUUAAAAUAUAUUUUAUAUUAAAAUCCUUAAAGUAUCCAACAUUUGCUAUUUAGUUAUUUAACGUUUUUUUUUCUUUGCUACAUAAUUCCAUAUAUCUUGCUUCAUAAAUUCCAAGUCUUCCCCAUAUAUCUAAAGUGUAGAAAAAAAAAAAAAAAAAAAAAAAACACUGAAUGAGAGGGUUCAUCCAAACUCUUUACUGGUCCAGUAUUUCAGAAUUGUGCGUUCUCAUUUUAUAUACAGAUGAGAGGUGUUUGUAAAAAUACACGGUGAAUAAACAUGCAGCUUCUCAUGCAAUAACUGAAUCUACUUUUGUGUCAGUUUAAGUUGAGAGACCUAUUCUGUCAGACCCCGCCAAAAUAAAAGCGGGCUCUUUUCCUGUACUUUCUGAAAACAUUCCACAAAUGAAAAUGUGCUCAAUGGUUUUAAUGUAUGUGUGUAAAAUAUAUAUUAGAUCAGGAUAUUGUAAUGUUAAUGUUAUUAUUAUCUGAUGCUUUUAUUACAAUGCCAAAGUCAACCAAACAAUACAAAGACUGGAAAUGAACUGUGGUACCUGCCUUAUUUAUUUUGUCUGUUUAAAAACGUGCAUCUCAAAAGUUACUUCCCCCCUCGCCCCCAGUGUCUGUGUACACUGGUGUAUGAAAGUGUCUGUGAAUGGGUAAGUGGUUCCUUGAUGUAAUGUGCUUUGAGCAUUGAAGGUCGAACAGCAUUAUAUAAAAACAUGAUCAUAUAGUUUCAUGUAAUUUUAUGAUGGAGGAAAAUUAUUCAAAUCGAAAUAGCUUUUUGCAUCUUCACAACAUGCAAAACAUGGGCUCUCAUUGAGUCAACCUGUAGUCCAGUUAACAAUAUUACUACUUACAACUACAAUCUGUUUAAUUUCAAAGCAUUUGUUAUGAACAUUAAUGUAGAAUUUAUUGUAAGCAAAACGAGUCCAAACAGAAGGGUUCGCAGUCACCAAAACAGCUGCUUUAAAGCAAUGUAAAAGAACCCAAAAUGUAACCCACUUACAAAAAUAACUUCUUUACACUGUUAUAUUUAUUCAUAAUAUUACACCUGAUAUAUUGGUACAGCUAAUGUUGCCAUUUUAUUUUCAGCUCUAGACCAAAACUGUACAAAAAAUCUUGCAAAUAUUCCACCAUUUUGGGGUUAACAAUUUUUUUUUCUCUAUAUGAUCCAAUGCAUUAUAAUCGGAUGUCAUGUAUGUAAUGGAAGAUGCAUGUUUUACACAGAGAGGUGAAUAAAGCUAGUCUUUUGUAUGCACUAUGAAGUAAAGCACACAUCCUGGUUACUGAUCUGAAACAACACGUGUGUAUAUGGUGUUUAUGUGAAAUAGGUUGGGUUCACGACAUCAUUUUGAAUUUCCCAUAGAUUAAAACAGAGCUAGAGACACUGAAUUCUGUGAUGGAAUCUUCUGUGUAACAAUCACAUUGCAGAUGUGUUGACCUGGUUUAUGGUUAAUAUCUCUGUAAUUACUGGGCCUAUCCACAUGAAACAAAAACUGGCACAAAAUUCAGCGUCUUCUCUGUCAGUACAAAUGAGCAAAUGUGAAACAUUUCGUUCAAAAAGCGAUGGCAGUAGUUGAACACUUCAGCAGCUGUUGUCAGCUGUAAAGGAUUUUAAACACACCUAUGGAACCGAUAAGGUUCAAUACAUGUGGUUCUCCUGUUUUUGAAUAGCUCCUAGAAGUAUCUGCCACUGCCCUUCCAAUUCCAGACAUGUGUGAACGCAACCUGUUAAAACAUGUCCAAAAUAUCAAAAAUGUGAAAGGGUUCUAUGCAAUGGUUUGUUCAUCGUCACGUGGUGCCUUCUGUAGAGGUGACCUUUGACCUCUGGAGGGACAAGGAUGUACUUUUGUUAAAUAUUUCCCUUCUUUCAUGAUCUCUGUGGUUAAGUGUCAUUUGGGGUCCAUUUGUACAAAAGCCUACAUAAAAAUAUAAAUAAAUAUAUGAAUACCAAAAACCUGGAUUAUAAUAAAAGAGCUUGU